AUGACUGUUGAUGAAGAAGAAAUAUUCGCCACAUAUAAUGAAUUCAGAAGUGACACAUUUACGGUUCCCACAAGAUCAAUGAUUGAAGCAGGGUUCAUGAAUGCAACUUAUGGAGACUCAGUUUACUGCGAAGAUCAAGCUACUUUAAACUUGGAAGCCCGCAUGUGUGAAAUUACGGGGAAAGAGGCUGCACUUUUUUGCUCAUCGGGUACUUUAUCAAACCAAAUUGGUCUAAGGGCAAACUUGUACCAGCCACCUUACAGUAUAUUGUGUGACUACCGUUCACACGUUUUCUUGCAUGAAGCUGGUGGGCUAGCCACCUUGAGUCAAGCCAUGGUUCAUCCUGUUAUCCCAGUUAAUGGUAACUAUCUAACUUUUGAAGAUGUGAUUCUGAAUAUCACCCUUGACGAUGGAGAUAUUCAUGCUGCUCCAACGAAAGUCAUUUCUUUGGAAAACACAUUGCAUGGAAUAAUAACGCCAUUGGAGGAAAUUGCCAAAAUCAGCCACUUUUGUAAAGAAAACGAUAUAAAAUUACAUUUGGAUGGAGCAAGACUAUGGAAUGCUUCGGUCGAAACAGGUAUUAGUAUAAAAAACUAUUGUUCAUAUUUCGAUUCAGUAUCACUUUGUUUAUCAAAAUCAUUGGGUGCUCCAAUGGGAUCAAUUCUCGUUGGAUCGUCAACACUAAUCAAAAAGGCAAAUCAUUUUAAAAAACAGAAUGGUGGUGGAAUUAGGCAAGCAGGUAUAAUGACAGCCAUGGCUUUAUAUGCAAUUGAGAACCAUUUUCCAUUAUUGAAGAAGUCGCAUGCAUAUGCAAAACAAAUCGGUGAUUUUUGUCAAGCCCAUGGUAUCUUGCUAGAAUCUCCCGUGGAUACUAAUUUCGUAUUCAUUGACUUAAAGAAGAAUCAUAUGGAUGAUAAAUUGCUCAUUGAAUUGGGUAAGAAAUACAAUGUUAAGCUAAUGGGAGGCCGAAUUGCCUGUCAUUUUCAAUUGAGUCAACAAAGUGUGGACAAUAUCAUGCAAUGUAUCUUGGAAUGCUUUCAAAUCAAUCAAAAAAAUCCUCACAAGGCUGAUGGAAGAAAUAAUAAAAAGAUGUACAACUUUGAUGCUAUAAAGAGGUAA